UUGACCCCAGAAAAAUAGAAAAAGAGUACAUGCCGUAGUUUGUGUAGUUGAGUUGAGAACCAUAUAUAUAACGUCGUAGUUUGCGUUUUAUAUUUUUUGGCGAUCUAUAUAACAUGAUACGUUCGUGUGUGCAAAUAAGAAAAGUCGAACACAUGCACAAUAAUAGUCAUAGAGAAGUGAGGCAUAGCGCAGAGAAAAACCCACGCGUUUAUGAGAGAGGAGACAAUUCUGGUACCAACUUUAAUGUCGUACCGUUGCAUGUAACCUACUUCCCUAGCUUUGCCGCUUCAUUUUUGCCUUCUAUCUUUUUUCUCUUCUGGUUCAAGCAAUAUUUCAACUCUGAUCUAAUUUAUAAUUUAAUUUUAUCUUAAUGUAAAGCAAACUAGUAUCCGGUACUAUGGACAGUUACGCUUCCGUCAAGCUCAAAUUUAAUCUUUAAAAAAAUUAUUAUUAUUUUUGAUCCAAAUUAUUAACUUAAGAAAGUUAUCGAUGCUGGGAUAAAAUUAUUUGGAAUGCAUCAUUCCAUACAAUUUCAUAAAAUAUUUACCAGUUUGAAAACACUUUAAAACAAUUCCACAUAUUAAGUGAAACAAAAAUAAAUAAAUCCUUCCAUUUAAGAAUAUGUGGAAGGAAUCAUUUCAUUUGAUCCCACAUGGAAAAGGUUCCAGUUAUAAUAAAAUCAUCUAGAAAACAUUCAGAAAAUUUUUGUUAAAAAAUGGGAGGAAAUAGUUAUUUUCUAAAAAGAUUCUGCAACGUAAAGGUAGAAGAAAUAACGAAACACUUAAUUUCUGCUUUAUUCAUUUUAUUUUUCUGAUUGCUACUAUUCCAUUCAUCUUCGUUCUAUAUAUUUAUAUUCUGUAUGUUCUUAUAAAUGGUUUUCAGUUGCACCUUAAUUAGAUUAACUCUUAUCGAGCAAAAUAUUUUUGUUUUUAUGUAGUAUAUAGUCUGGCCUUCCAAAAAGAUCGUUCAUGCAUGCUUCGAUUUAAAAAAAAAAUAUGUUAAGUUUACCAUAUUAUGUGAUCAACAUUCCAAUUCUAGCUUGUACGCACAACUCUUUAUCAAUAUACUAAUAUUCUCUCCCAGUAAAAUAGAGGUUCUAGAUCCUGCGAAACCAUUUGGCACAAACAUUUGGGUUCGGAGUCGGACGGUAGCGACGUGAUAUCACUUCAUCGGUUUAAGAUACUCUACCGACAUUAAUCAAGAUGGUGAAAGAGAUUGAGGAUAAAUCUUAACAUUUUUUUAUUGUCUGUUAGCGAUAUGAAUCUUAACAUUUUACUUAUAUAUAAAAAGAGAUUUAGAAAAUUUUCCUUUAAAAACUAUUUGGACUUUAAUCAACACAAAUAUAUGAAGUGGACAUUAAUUUCCGUAAACGCGAGAGGUCAUUAGUUACAAUCAAGCAACACUGGGAAACCCCAAAGAGGCUGGCUACACACCAUGAAGAAAGAGCCCUAGUUGAGACAAAUCCACGUGACUUAGGUUUACAAAUAAAUACAGAGAGCAAAACCCUAACUAAGCAAAUCGGCCAUAAUCUCGUAAAAAGAACAGACAAAACAUAACCUCAUGUAGAAGGAACAAUUUCUGAGCGCUGCCAGUGUUAUUAAUUCAGAGACAUUAUUUCACGAUUCUCAAUUCCUCUCCUUUCAACUCACAACAUCAUAAUUUCCUUUCCCAGCUACAAUCUACUGUCAAAAUAUCAUUUUAACUAAUUUGAUUUAUUGUUAUUACCAUAACACCACUUUAGUGUUAAAGUUAGUGUAAUUUCAGCAAUAAAUUAAUAUAAGUUUCAGCACUGUAAUAAUGUGAUUUUAAUGUUUAGUUAGAAAUGUUUGAGUGCAAAAAAUCACAUUUUCCAUUUUAGACGAUAUAUAGUAGUUAAAACUUCAAAACAUAACUAGUCAAAAUAACUUUUGUGUGUUUCAAAUUAGUUAGAACGGGGAACAUUUUGAAAUGGCAAUUCAGUGUUCAAUUUUUAUUAGUUUAGUUUCAGUUGUUUUCAAGAAAGUUUUCUGAAAGAUCCAUGUCUUACACUUAAACAAAAGAAUAAAUCGAAAUGAUAUAAAUUAGCAUGAUCGAGACACCUUUAUACUCUUGACAAUAACGAAGAUAAAAGGAGAAUAUAAUAACUACGUUAUUGUUACUUAUCAAAAAUUCAUGUAACAUAUUACUCCAAUUUUAUGCAAGUCCGUAGAAAAAUAAAGACACAAUUCCGAACGUAGAACAUGAGCUUCGUUAACUACUAAACCUACUUUUGCAUUCUACAUCACUGAUAGAGUGGUCAGAAGUCAAAAAGACGCAAGUCUCUUUUAUUUAAAAUUUUAAAAUGAACAGUGUAGUUUUUUAAUCUCUAUCUAUAAAUAAGUUAUCACCUACCAUCAUCACAUUCAGGUACUCAAAACCGUAGAUAGCCCACAGAACAAAACAAAUACUUUCUUUGCUUACAAAAAAACCUUCCUUAGGUCAAACCAUGGAAGAGGCAAUCAUGAGACUUGAAGGUGCUGAGCACAGAGAAACAAACAACCAUUCCCUUAAGAGAAAGCCAUCAAGAACUUCCUCCACCGCUCCUAGCACUCCCGGAGGUGUAACCAUCGCAAAAGCUGCCCCUGGCGGCGGCGCUUCCGGUGGCACAACCAUAAGGUACCGAGGCGUUAGGCGUAGACCAUGGGGUCGUUACGCUGCUGAAAUACGCGAUCCUAUGUCGAAGGAGAGACGAUGGCUCGGUACAUUUGACACAGCCGAGGAAGCAGCUUGCGCAUACGACUGUGCCGCUCGAGCCAUGCGUGGUCUUAAAGCUCGAACCAACUUCGUCUACCCACUUGAAUCUUACCACCACAGUCUUUUCUCGCCUCCUCCGAUGAACAUGUUCCUUCUACGCGACGUCUUAAACUCUCAGCCUCUUUCUCCUUUCGCUUACCCACACUACAAUAUUUCUAACGUAAGCGGCCUCGUUAACGAUCCCUUCACUAACGCUAACAAUGUUUUCGAAGAUCAUUCGCCUAAAGCAAAGAGGUCAAGUACCAUCGACAACGACAACAUGAUAUCAAUCCUCGAACCAGAACCAGCUGGGUCUGGUCUUCUUCAAGAAGUUGUUCAAGGGUUCUUGCCAAAACCUAUCUCUCAACAAACUUCAACCCCUCCUCAGACCAACCAACCGUGUGUUGGUGUUUUCCCGACAAUGCUAGAGAACGGUUUUCAGACAGAUCUUGGUGUACCGAAUCACAUCAAUGUGGAAGGAAACGGAUUCAAUCAGGUGAAGUAUCAUGGAGAGUUGGCUUGGGCCGAUCAUGCGAGUGGGUUUGAUGCAGCUAAGAUGCAUCAGAAUGGAAAUGGCGGAAUGUUUUAUCAGUAUUGCUUUCAUGAUUAUUAGACCAUUAUUGUUGCUAUUCGUACUUUUUUUUUUUUUGGACGAAUUCGUACGUUUCUUUAAGGUUAUGAGAAAUGAGGUUAUGGGUAUCUAGCUCAAAAGUCUUGUGUCCUUUGUUUCUGUUUAGUUGUAUGAUCAGUUUUAUCGCCCAUGAUAGAUUAUUUUUGCAAGGGCAAUAUUUAUCUUUAAAAAAUAAAAGAAAGAAAUUUUAUCUGAGUAUGCUUUUUGGGGUACAGUAGUGUAUGAGAACAACUAAUUGAUGAUAUAUGACAUAUGUCGAGUAUAUAAGCAAAGUUACGAAGAACAAGUAAAACAUACGGGGAAAAAGACAACACCAAAAGGACAAAAGGAGAUCUCUAGAAAUUAGAUAUUUUCUAAUAAGUUGACUUCAGAAUUCAUGAAGACAGCCUUUGCCUUCUUGCUUUUUUCAUCUUUUCUCUCACCCUCAAAUCAUAGGAAGCACAUAUUCUGAUGUUUACAAUAUCGUUAAAUCGGAAGUACAUAUUUUAAAUCUGAAAAGGAUAAUUGUCUAAAUACUUGUGUUUUUUUUUUUUUUUUGAACAACAAAAUACUUGUGUUUUCUUUGGGUAAUUCAGGUAUUAGGCACAAUAAUACAUCGUAUGAAAAUAUGCAAUGUUAUUAUUAUUUUUGAAAAUAUGUAUGUAUGUAUUUGGUACGGAGGAAAAUAUCAAGCUAAUACGGAGAAUUUUUCAUGUCAUAUUUGGGUUAGGAAAUCUACUUCAAAGGUGAAGAGGAUAAUCCAUCCUUUAAGGUUUAAGAAGACUCUUUUUACUGAGAAUAAAUAAAUCAUUAGAACUCUGAUAGUUGUGAGAACUUUGAUGAUUAAUUUUAUUAUUGUUAUCAAAUUUGUUAUUAAUUAAAGAAGGUGAAUAAUUAGUCAAGAUCAAUAAUAAAAUACAAACAGUAUCCAAUAUCUUUUAAGUUAGGUAAUUUUAAAUUAAUUUGAGCUCGAACAGUGCAAAAGCUUCAUUAAACAGGAAAAAUAGAAUUACUCGGUAUGUAUUUAGGAAUGAGCAUUUUAUCCGUUAAAUUUGAUUCAAUUCGAUCCAAAAAUUAUGGAUAUCCGUAAAGUUUCGAAGUAAAAUAAAUAAUAAAAAUCAAUAUCCGUUAAAAUCGAAACAAAUCACAAAUAUUAAAAUUUUGGGAACCGGAUAUGCGCCCUGGCAAUAUAUAAAUACAUGUGAAUCUUGAUUAUAUUUAAAGUU